AUGACGUCUCGGGAGCAGCUGGUACAGCAGGUGCUGCAGGAGCUGCAGGAGGCUGUGGAGUCCGAGGGCCUGGAGGGACUCGUCGGUGCUGCUCUGGAGGCCAAGCAGGUCCUGUCGUCCUUCACCCUCCCCACCUGCCGAGAGGGCGGCUCCAGCCCCCAGGUGCUGGAGGUGGACUCGGUGGCCCUGAGCCUGUAUCCAGAGGAUGCCCCCCGGAACAUGCUGCCACUGGUGUGCCAAGGCGAGGGCAGCCUGCUGUUCGAAGCUGCCAGCAUGCUUCUGUGGGGCGACGCGGGGUUCAGCCUGGAGCUGCGGGCCCGCACCGUGGUGGAGAUGCUGCUGCACCGGCACUACUAUCUCCAGGGCAUGAUCGACUCCAAGGUGAUGCUGCAGGCCGUGCGCCAUUCCCUGCGCUCUGAGGAGUCCCCCGAGAUGACCAGCCUGCCGUCCGCCACGCUGGAGGCCAUCUUCGACGCGGAUGUCAAGGCCACUUGCUUCCCUAACAGUUUCUCCAACGUGUGGCACUUGUAUGCCCUCGCCUCUGUCCUGCAGCGCAACAUCUAUUCCAUCUACCCCAUGCGGAACCUCAAGAUUCGACCCUACUUCAACCGUGUCAUCCGGCCCCGCCGCUGUGACCACAUGCCCGCCACACUGCACAUCAUGUGGGCCGGCCAGCCCCUCACCAGCCACCUCUUCCGCCACCAGUACUUUGCCCCUGUGGUGGGGCUGGAGGAGGUAGAGGCUGAAAGUGCCCCUGGCCUGGCCCCAGGGCCUCCAGCCCUGGCCCCGCUGCUGUCACCGGCCAAGACCUUGGCGCUGCUCAACCAGGAGCCUGGCCUCAGCUACUCCCACCUCUGUGAGCGCUAUAGUGUCACCAAGAGCACCUUCUACCGCUGGCGGCGGCAGUCCCAGGAGCACCGGCAGAAGGUGGCCACGCGCUUCUCCGCCAAGCACUUCCUGCAGGACAGCUUCCACCGCGGGGGCGUCGUGCCACUGCAGCAGUUCCUCCAGAGAUUCCCCGAGAUCUCCCGUUCCACCUAUUACGCCUGGAAGCAAGAGCUCCUGGGCUCUGGCACCUGCCAGGCCCUGGCCCCCAAGGAGUUGCAGGUGUUGGAGGAGUUGGAGAAGCUGCCGGACGAGCAGGUUCCCAAGGGGCUGGGAUGCUCGUCGCUGGCUGUGUCAAGCCCUGGAAUGGUCUUAAUGCAGCGAGCCAAGUUGUACCUGGAGCACUGCAUCUCCCUGAACACACUGGUGCCCUAUCGCUGCUUCAAACGCAGGUUCCCCGGCAUCUCCCGGUCCACCUACUACAACUGGCGCCGGAAGGCCCUCCGGAGGAACCCCAGCUUCAAGCCGGCACCAGCCCUCUCCAUGGCUGGGACUCCCCAGCCAGCGUCUGCUCCCGAGGAGGUCCUGCUCCCUUGGAAGGCUGAGGUGGGAGAGGGGGCAGGCAAAGCGACUGCGGGGGGACCACCUGUCCCCCGUGAGCUCCUGCCCCCAAAGAUGCCCCUGUCUCGUUGGCAGAGGCGUCUGCGCAGGGCUGCCCGCAAGCAGGUGCUGAGUGGGCACCUCCCUUUCUGUCGCUUCCGCCUUCGCUACCCCAGCCUGUCACCCUCUACCUUCUGGGUCUGGAAGAGUCUUGCCCGGAGCUGGCCCAGAAGCCUGUCCAAAUUCCAGAUGCAGGCCCCCAGCUUAGGCAAAGAGGGGAUGGAAGCUGAGGAGAAACAGGAGGAAGAGGCCAUCAGGGAUGUGACCACUGUGAUGGCCCCUCCUGUGGGGAAACCCCCGCUGGUGGGGGCUUCUCCGGGAGAGGAUCCAGGGAAAGCCCAGGGAGGGCCAUCCAGAGAGGGGGCCACAGCCCAAGGCCGGCCCCACAGCAGCCGCCCUGUGACAGAGGCGGUGGUGGAUGGCAGGGACGGCCAAGUGCUGGUGAUGGACAUGCUUGCCACCACAAAGUUCAAGGCCCAGGCCAAGCUGUUCUUGCAGAAACGCUUUCAGUCUAAGAGUUUCCCCUCCUUCAAGGAGUUCAGCGCCCUCUUUCCCCUCACUGCCCGCUCUACCUACUACAUGUGGAAGCGGGCCCUCUACGAUGGCCUCACGCUGGUUGAUGGCUGA